CCGGCUCUCCCCGGCCGCCCGGCCAGAGCCCCUCUCAUGACGGACCCCGCCGCACGGGCGCACGCCGCCCGUGACGUCACAGCCCUGCCCAUCCCUCGGCCUGAUGUCACCCCUUCCCGCUCGCCGGGCGCUCCCCGGAGCCGCCGAGCGGACCCGGGCGAACUCCAGGACUUGGGUGAACUCCGGGGUGCCGGGGACCGCUUCCGUCGCCGCCCCCAGGCCGAGUCCGCCCUCACACUGCGCUGUCAGAGUCGUGGCCCUUGCCUGGCGCCUAGGUUCCGACUCUGGUCCCCGUACCCUCAUCUGGAGAACCCAGCAGUGAUGUGGAAGUGGAGACUCACAGGAGCCCCGGACUUCACCUGAGCUACCUCAGUCACCAAGAGUGGCAAGAAAAGGAAGAAAACCCUGAGUUGGGGGGCACCAGGAUGCCUGACCGGGACAACUAUGCCAACGGCACAGGGAACAGCGGUGGAGGCCCUGGAGGUGGUGGCAGUGAGGAGGCCAGUGGAGCAGGGACAGGCAGUGGGGGGGCCACCUCAGAUGCCAUCUGUAGAGACUUCCUGAGGAAUGUGUGCAAGCGCGGCAAGCGUUGUCGAUACCGCCACCCAGACAUGAGUGAGGUGUCCAACCUGGGGGUGAGCAAAAACGAGUUCAUUUUCUGCCACGACUUCCAAAACAAGGAGUGUAGCCGCCCAAACUGCCGGUUCAUCCAUGGCUCCAAGGAGGACGAGGAUGGGUAUAAGAAGACCGGAGAGCUCCCCCCUCGGCUGAGGCAGAAAGUGGCGGCUGGGCUGGGUCUUUCGCCUGCUGACCUACCCAACGGUAAGGAGGAGGUCCCUAUCUGCCGUGACUUCCUCAAAGGCGACUGUCAGAGAGGGACCAAGUGCAAGUUCCGUCACCUGCAGAGGGAUUUUGAGUUUGAUGCUCGAGGUGGAGGGGGUGCUGGAGGUGGAGGCUCGGCAGGCUCCGUGCCCCCGGGACGACGCCAUGACCUCUAUGAUAUCUACGACCUACCUGAAAGGGCCUUCGAGGACCACGAACCAGGCCCUAAGCGCCGGAGAGGCGGCUGCUGCCCUCCUGAUGGCCCCCAUUUUGAGUCCUAUGAGUAUAGCUUGGCUCCGCCCCGUGGAGUGGAGUGCAGACUGCUAGAGGAGGAGAAUGCCAUGCUCAGGAAACGGGUGGAGGAGCUAAAGAAACAGGUCAGCAACCUACUGGCCACCAAUGAGGUACUUCUGGAACAAAAUGCCCAAUUCCGCAAUCAGGCCAAGGUCAUGACCCUGAGCUCCACUGCCCCAGCGACUGAGCAAACCCUGGCCCCCACUGUGGGUACUGUUGCCACUUUUAACCAUGGCAUUGCCCAGACUCACACUACUCUGAGCAGCCAGGCUCUGCAGCCUCGCCCUGUGUCCCAGCAAGAACUUGUGGCCCCUGCUGGAGCCCCAGCUGCGCCCCCAACCAAUGCUGCACCUCCUGCUGCUCCACCACCCCCACCUCCACACUUGAACCCAGAGAUCACGCCCCUGUCAGCCGCUCUGGCUCAAACCAUCGCCCAGGGGAUGGCACCCCCACCUGUUUCCAUGGCCCCCGUGGCUGUAUCUGUGGCUCCUGUGGCUCCUGUGGCUGUGUCCAUGGCCCAGCCCUUGGCAGGAAUCACAAUGAGCCACACGACAACUCCUAUGGUGACUUACCCCAUCGCUUCCCAGAGCAUGCGCAUCACAGCCAUGCCACACUGACAGGACUAAUGGAGGCUCUAGUCCCUGGUACAGCGUCUGGGGCUGGGGUCAUGGGGCCCUUCCCCAUGCCUAGCCCUCCCCGGCCCUGUCUGAGGGGCCACUCAAAAACUAGGACAAGAGACUACAAGGAAUAUACUUCGUAGGAGCAUCUCCUGAGGCAGGGUUGUGCUGGUGUGUUCCUCCCCACUCUUGAAAGGGUCCUCUUGUCCUUCAGGCCUCACUCAUACAGAGGCUUGCAUAGGAGUUGAGACUGGAAGCCAGCAGAAAGGACUGAGGGACUGUGUUCACUCAUAGGAAGUUGGAGAUGUCCCUAGUCUUGUCCUCACUUGUGAACAGCACAGGUUCCAGCACUGGUAUGGGAAAGAAAAAUUCCCCACCCAGAGGGAGAGCCAGGAAAGAUCAGGAAAGUGGGUGGUCAGGAGAGAAGGUCUCAUAUGAGCCUUCAGAUGAUUUGGGGCCCAGAAUUGCUCAUGGGCCCCUGGGAAGCCUGGGACCAUAAUACUCCAACCCAAAGACUAGGGGAACAUUCACUUACCAAGCUUGGCCUGGAAAUCUGUAGGGCAGUGCCCACUACUUUCCAAAGAAAUAAAGGAACAUUAUUUUUUAACAAAGGAAAUGAAAAUUGACUUAGAGGGCUGUUGUGGAAGAUGGGAGCAUAACGUAGACUUGAUGACAAAAAUAAGGUAAAGACCUCCUCUUGUAGCUUGUGUAAGUUGGGUGGAUGCCAGCGACGAAGGGUACAGAUGUAAAAUGGCCAAAUGGGACUUUGGUCUGGG